CGUCGAGUCGACCCGGAAGUGUGGAAUGAAUGAGGUCAGGCAGAAGCAGGAAACAGAACUCUACAGCUAAGAUGGCGGAGGAGCAGCAGGAAUCAUCACAGGGAGAGUUGGAGGGAGUGAACUGCCUUGCAUAUGACGAGGCCAUUAUCGCUCAGCAGGAUAGAAUUCAGCAGGAGAUUGCCACCACUAACCCUUUAGUGUCGGAAAGACAGGACCUGUCGGUGCUGCAGUCGGAGUAUGCUCAGGAUGACACAAUUUAUCAGCUCAAGAUCAAGGACCUACACAAAAAAUACUCAUACAUUCGUAAGACACGACCAGAUGGGAACUGUUUCUACAGAGCCUUUGGCUUCUCACAUCUCGAGUCCCUGCUAGACGACAGCAAAGAACUUCAGAGGUUCAAAGCAGUGGCAGCUAAAAGUAAACUGGACCUGGUUAACGAGGGAUUCACUGAGUUUACCAUUGAAGACUUCCACAAUACUUUCAUGGACCUAAUCGAGCUGUGUGAGAAGCAGCCGGGCCUUCAAGAGCUGUUGAGCUCCUUCAACGAUCAGAACAUGUCGGACUAUGUGGUCGUGUACCUGCGGCUGCUCACCUCAGGCUACCUGCAGCGAGAGCACAGCUUUUUCCAGCACUUCAUAGAGGGAGGUCGCUCCGUCAAGGAGUUCUGUCAGCAGGAGGUAGAGCCUAUGUCUAAAGAAAGUGACCACAUUCACAUCAUCGCCUUAGCCCGGGCCCUGAACGUGUCCAUCCUGGUGGAGUACAUGGACAGAGGAGAGGGGGGGACAGUCAAUCAUCACGUUUUCCCUGAAGGCAGCGACCCACGCAUCUUUCUCCUCUACAGACCUGGCCAUUACGAUAUCCUGUACAAGUAACAGCCUUCUGUUCACGGCCCUCUUCAUCCUCCUCCCCGCUGUAGGCAACAGCAGUGGGUUAAAAAUACUUCAGCCACGCUGAUGAUGCAUACAUCUGUGUAUGAAGAUGACACUCUUGUAUUUGAGGAAAAAGAAAUCACAGUACAUACCUCCCCUACCCCCCACUCCCAAGUUUUUCCCCAAUCAUCACAAAAUGGUUAAUUAAAAAAAAAAUCUUUGGAAAAAUAGAAGUGACUCCAGGCAUUUAGAGUUGUACAGUUUUUUUUUUCUUUUGUGGUUGUAAAUGUUAUCUACUUGCUUUUUGUUGGAUUCUUUUUCUUUGUUACACUGCGUUUCAUUGAGUUUUAUUAAAGGGAUUUACAUCUUA